AUGGCAACCCCGACGGAGAAUUGUUCAGAAUCGUUGCUGAACAAUGUAGCACUGGGCAGCCCGGCAACGACGGAGCAGCUCCGGCAAUGGAUAGUCGCCAACCGGAAGAGCUUGCCGGAUGGUGUUGGCGAUGGUGACAUUGCACAGACGAUCCUUAGGUUAUUCGGUUUCGGCGCUGACACGACGACGACUACGAGCACCACAUCCGAACGGCCGACUACCACGUUGAAACCCACAACAACGCCCCCGAUUGUUGAUAAUAGGGAUGUAUGCCCGUUCAACGCGGACCCGCUGAUCCUGACCGGCGACUUUGCUUACUGCCGCCCAUCGACCCUUGGAGAUUGCCCCGUUGGCUAUCUGUGCGACCAGAGCUUUGUGCUUGGAAGAUCGAUUUGCUGCCGCGACACCCGGCCCAAGCAGCCCACCCCCAACCGUCCGGUUACCGCCUCGUCCGCCCGCCCGCCGUUCGUCUGGAAUACCGUAACACCAGCCGUGCCCGGGCAGCCAGGCUCUUCCCAGACCAAAAACCCGCUGACGACCAAGAACACCCCGUGGUACAUCAAAAAGGACAGGACCGGCUGGACAUCGGCUUACAACCGUGUCACCCCGACCAAGGAAACAUUUGCCCCGCCGACUGAACGCUCGACUACUCCUGCCACCACCACGACCACCACCUCAACCACCACCCCCGCAACCACAACCACCACCACGACCACCACCACAACGACGACCGCCGCCCCCACGACGACCACCACCACGACUGCCGCCCCGGUCCCAAAGAAGGCUAACCCUUGGGGACGUCUGUGGACCACUACCUCGCCGCCUGUUUCUACCGUCAACGUCUCCGUGUUGCAGGCCGGAUCGAUCCGCACAUUGAAGGAUGGCCAGCAAGAAAUGGUGUCCGCCAUCACCCUGGUCAACGACAACGGCUUCUACCUGUUGAUCGACACCGGCUCGUCCUCCGACACCGAGCGGCUCCUCCACAGGGGAGUCUCAAUCCACCUGGAAAAGUGGAUUUGGCUGGGCAAUUGGGUUCAAAUUGUCUGUGAGUGGGUU